AUGCCUUUGAAAACACUGGUUCUCCUAGACUUCAACAGCUUGACAUCAUCGAUACCCAUGAGCUUGUGGAACCUUGAAAGUCUGUUGGUCUUAAAUUUGUCAUUCAAUUCUUUUAAUGGCGACUUACCUCAAGGAAUGAGAGAGUUGAAUGCUGUUCAAGUGAUAGAUUUAUCUUGGAACCAAAUUGCUGGAAACAUUCCAAGCGUCAUUGGAGCUUUUCAAAGCCUACGCUCUCUCAAUUUGUCAAACAACCUGUUUGUAGGAAACGUUCCAAAAACUUUUGGUGAUCUGAAAGGGUUGGAAGAUUUGGACCUAUCACACAACAGUUUAUCUGGCACAAUACCAAAGUCUCUGGAAACACUCAAAUAUCUUGAGCAUUUGAAUUUCUCUUUCAAUCAUCUGUCAGGACAGAUUCCUUCUGGCGGACCUUUUGCCAACUUCACUGCCCAAUCAUUUUUGGAGAAUGGAGAACUUUGUGGGAGACCAGAUUUUGGUGUCCGAAAUUGCACCCCGCAAAGCACUCAAAAUUCUAAGGCAGCACUUCAUUUGUUCAAGUAUAUUCUUCCAGCCAUUGCCUCCACGAUGAUCCUUGCAGCUCUCGUUUAUAGGUUGAUAAAGUACCAUAAAAAAAGAAAUGCAGGCCUUCCAAGCUCAGUUGAACCCACGUUAUCGGCGAUAGAGCAUAGAAUGAUAUCAUAUCAAGAACUUCGACGUGCUACAAACGAUUUCUGCGAAAGCAACGCACUCGGAGUAGGAAGUUUUGGUUCUGUGUACAAGGGGAUACUGUCUAAUGGAACAACAGUUGCUGUGAAAGUUCUAAACUUGCAAAUGGAGGGUGCCUUAAAAAGUUUCGAUGCAGAAUGUAAGGUGUGGAGAACAAUCCGGCACAGAAAUCUUGUCAAGGUCAUAACUUCAUGCUCGAGCCAUGAGGUAAGAGCUUUGGUGCUGCAAUACAUGUGUAAUGGCAGCCUUGAGAAGUGGUUAUACUCUCACAACUAUUGUCUGAAUCUUGUACAAAGAGUGAGCAUGAUGGUUGAUAUUGCCUUAGCUCUGGAAUAUCUUCACCAUGGCCAAGCAGAAGUUGUGGUGCACUGUGAUUUGAAGCCUAGCAAUAUCCUUCUCGAUGAAGACAUGGUUGCACAUGUGGGAGACUUUGGUCUUGCAAAAAUCUUGGCAAAAAAUAAAGACGAAACACAAACCAGAACAAUUGGUACACUUGGCUACGUUGCACCAGGGAAUGCUAGCAUAUCUAUUGCUCAUGACACAAUUUCCACUGUUGAUGUUCAUGAAACAAUGGGAUCCACACUCAUCGAUUGUGGAGCCCAUAAUAAUCGUCAACAACUGAGAUUGUGUCACAUCCCGCAAUAUGGUUCUACAGGAAAAGUGUCUACAAAAGGUGAUGUUUAUAGCUAUGGGAUAAUGAUGUUGGAAAUAAUCACGAGAAAGAAACCCACAGAUGAAAUGUUUGCCGGAGAACAGACUUUGAGACAAUGGAUAAAUGAGUCACUCCCCAACAAUUGUUUAGAAGUAGUGGAUGCUGGUUUAUUGAGCAUAGAAGAGGGCAGAGACGUAAAUGCCACAAAAAAUAUCAUUUUGUCCAUCAUGGAAAUAAGCUUGAGGUGUUGUGAACAAGUGCCAGAGGAAAGAAUGGACUUCAAGGAUGUGGUGACCAAGCUCAUGAAAAUAAAAUUGGCACUUGGAAAUGGAAGAAAUAGGGUUUAG